AUGAUAAAACACUCCAUAUCUCAAAGUAAAAAGCGAAUCUCAUGGUCAAAACAGGUAAAAGUACUUUCUAUUAAAGGAGGAUACCCUCUUGUAACAGUUUGUUAAUAUGUAUGCCAACCAAAAAUAAGGUUGGUAAUUGAUCUCUGAAUAACUUAGUAAUUAAGGUUAUGAAAGGAAUCCUAAGGAUUGUAGAGAGAGAUAUUAAAAUUAUCUAGACUCAAAAUUCAAUAAAACAAAACUAACGAAACCUGAGAUUGAUAAACUCUUCGAGCUCAUAUAGAUUUAUGGGAACAAAUGGGUAUGAUUUCAUUAUUAAUAGACCUGUAUUGCUGAAAAGCUCAAUUAUAGAACUGAUUAAGAUGUCAAGAAUUAAUUUUAUGCUAUUGUGAAGAAAGUCUUCAGAAGAUUAUUGAAAGCAACUUUACCAGAAGAUCAAAAAAAAAAAUGUAUUGAGCAUACUUAUAUAAGGUUCAAAAAUCACAGCAUCUUUACGUCCUAUGCUUAUUUCAAAUAUUUUUUGUAAUCAUUAAAAUAUUUCCCAAUAAUAUAUUAAUAUUUCAAUGAAUAUGAAAGAGCUUUUCAAAAAUUUGAUAAUUGAAAAUAGAUCAAUUAAACUUGGGGAUUAAGUAGAUGAAACCAUCAAAAAAAAAGUUUAAUAAAUAUCAGAUUAUUUGGGAAAAAAGAAGUAAAUUUAAAUUCUUAAUUCUUUUAGUUAAAUAUAUUUACAAAAUAAAAGCUUAAAAAAAACCUUUAAUAAAAGAAAUAUUAAAAAAUCAACAAUUAAAUCCUAAUUUAUGUCUUCUAAGAAUGAAAUUCAGCAAUAAGAAAUAAUAUUAAGGAUCUUAAACAAUCAAUAAAUAUUUAUGUUAAAUUAAUAAAACUUUCCCCUAUAAUUUGACAUGAAUUAGGAUAAAAUCUUUAAGAUUAAUGAAGACUAAGAAUAGAUUGUUGCACCACAAUACUUAAUUUCCAGACCUCCAUUUUAUAAGCUUUAGCCUAGUUAUGUAAAUUUUCUAAUUAAAAUUAGUCGAAUCAAUUCGAUAUACAAGAAUCAUUCAAUGAACCAUUUUAAGACACAAAUAACAUAAAUACAUAUUUGAAUUGUUGA